UACCAUGUUGAUUGUUUAAUAAGUUGUAUGGGUUUGAGUUGGUUUGCUAGGGGGCAAGCAAAUAUCUAAGUAUGAGGGAGUUGAUAACACCUAAAAUGAGGGUCGUUUUAAGUCAUUUCAUGGUCUCAUUGGUUGAUAUUUCAUCAAAUACAUCCUUAAUUCGUUCAUCGGAGAAAAAAUUGUCAUUUUUAGGAUGUAUUAGAUGAGACAUGCAUUUAGGAACGAAAAGGGGUCACUAGUGUAGAAAAAUGGGCCAAAAUGGAGUUCACAACUAAAGGAGCAAAGAUCAUGGUUGGGCAAAAGGCGAGAAACGGAGCUUGAAGAUUGCGGCCUAUGGCAUAGAUCGGGACCGCGAACUAUGGAGCUUCGGGCGCGAACUUGAAGAAGCAGCCGUCAAAGGAGGACCAGAGAGUCUCAAUAAUUGACUCGUGGCUCUCGUGUCCAAGCCUGCGAGAAAGAUUGCGGUUGUGACAUCCCGGAUCGCAAUUGUGAUGUCAGGUCGCGAUCUCCCAAACUAGACAAGACCAAAUUUGUUGAAGUCAAGAUCGCGGCCUCUCUUCCUUAGAUCACGGCUGCGAACAUCCGUCUUGUGACCGUGAACUUACUUGUCAUCCCAUAACUCUAUAAAUAAGAGAAUUCCCCCUUGAGUAGAGUGGCUUUGGCAGAUUUCUUGUUCUAGAGAGAGAAGUAGAAGGUUGUAGAAGAAGAGGAGGAGAAGAAAUGGAGGAGGAUUUCCAGCACUUGUAGACCCUUUCUUCAUGAUUUCUUCACCUCUUUGCAUGUCUCUUCUCCCCCCCCCCCCCUUAUGGGAUAGUCCCUCAAGGUAUUUUGGGGCUUUGUCCCCCCAAACGCUAACUUAGGGUUUUAUAUGUAAUAGGAUGUUUUAGACUUGAAUUUUGGAUGAUUUUUACCCUAUCUAUCUAUCUAUGUCUAUUUGGUGUUUGUUCAUUCUUGUGGUAUUGUCUGUAUCUCAUUUUCCCUAGUUGCAAAUUAGCUAUUUAGGGGAACUAUCAUCUGCUUUCAUGUGGUUUAUGAAUGAAUUGUAUUUGCUUACCGUUUUAUGAUUCAUCUGUGAUUAAUAAGGCAUGAGCUUGUUUCUCCAACUCUUUUCAUUUAGCCUACCACUUAGUGGUGCAUGAUCUAGACUGGAUUUGAGCGUCUUAUCUAAUUAGGAGUAUAUGAAUGAUCUAAGAGUUUAGUAUGGUGGACGAGGCGACCAUACCCCUGCCCAUUGGACGUCCUACUAGGUAAUGCUAGGACAUCGAGUGUGUGACCAUCGACUCGAUGGUCUAGUGUGCGGAUGGGUAGAAACCAUUUAGAGGAUAUAGGUUUUAUCCCUACAACAUGAAGCUAGCUAAGGUGAUAUUGAGCUAGUGGAUCGGUGGAGGAGUGGGAUCGGUUGCAUGACCAUUGAGCCCUAGAUUAGCGAUCUCCACACCUAGAUUGCCAUAAGUUGUUUGUUUAUCCUUUUGCAUGUCAUUUCCUAUAGUUAGGGAAAGAGAGGCACCCCGAGUACCUCUUCUCCUUUAUUGACCUCUUGUUCAUUAAUCGCCAAAUGCCUACCUGCUAAGUAACACGUCAACUAGAUAACAACUGAGCCAAAGUAGUCUAGAAUACUAUGACCCUUGAAAUACGACCUCGGUCACCACUAUACUACUUCGACGAUCUAGGGUGCACUUCCUAGAUUGGGAUAGUUAGUAUUGUCGACAAUCGAGUUUAUAAACGUAAAGCUCCAUGCGCGACCACAUCACCAUCCCUACAGGUUUGCUCCCAGAAAGAUAUUUGGGAGUGCCUUUUAUCACUUGAAAAUUUUGUUAAAAAGAUUGCCAAAUGCUUGUUGAUAAGAUAAUUGCUUGAGUGAGAGGCUGGAAAGCAAAGAUGCUCACAUGUAAGUUGCUGCUAGUUUCUUCUGUGAUUACUAGUGUUCUUCAAAAUUGGAUGAAUGUGUUUUUUAUAACCUAAUGAUGUAUUGAAAGAAGUUGAGAAAAUUUGUAAUGCAUUUCUUUGGUCCGUUGAUGAAUUUAGUGUGAAACUAGAGCAACAGUAGUUGGUAAUUCUUAGCAAGACCAAGAAAAUAAGGUGGAUUGAGGAUUAGAAAUUUCAAAAUAUGGAUACUGGCUUGUAUGAUACGACAUCUAUGGGAUAUCCUAGUUACAGUGGGUCUUUGUGAGUUGCCUGGAUUGCAAGAUACGAGAUAAAAAUAGAACCAUAUGGAAUUUAAAUGGUUCCUCAGCUGGUACUUGUAUAUGGAAAAAAGAUACUUUAUUAUAGAAUAGCGACACAACCUUUAUUAAGUGGUUCGUGCUACAUCUUGACUUGGAAUGAAGAACAUUGGGCUAUUAUUCUAUUAGAAAGGUUUGGGAUACUACCAUACAACAUAGUUGAAAUUACAUACACUAGUAUGGGGCAACGGUCUCAUGCAGAGGCAUAGCUUCAUAUUAUGGUGGAUAUGUCAUAACAAACUUGUAUUGCAGGCUAGAUUCCAAGCCUUGGAUCAACAAGUUACUCGAUUAUAUUGUAUAUGUCCAAAAUCAUCUGUUUGUUUCUUGAUCUUAUGACUGGUUUCUGUUGAAGCAAUAUUUUACAAGAUUAUGUCCUCCUAGUACUAGUAGCUUGGAUGAAUGUGAAGCUUGUAUCGUAUAGUUGUGUAGUAACUGGAAAGGCGUAAUUGAAGAAGCAACGGUGGGGAGAUUGGUGUCGAGUAGUUCUCUUAGUCUUAUUUGACGAGAAAGAUACACACAAAUUAGUUGAGUAUCAAAGUGCAUAUUACUGUUCGACUACUGGUAGCAAGUGACUCAACUCAUAAGAAAACAAUUAUAUAGUCCGAGUUUAGGACUACGCAAUGUUAUGUUAAUUCGACGGAGAUUACAAUGCUAGAGACCAACUUACGGUAAAAAUAACGAUUAGAAUAGAGCUCAUUUUAUGAUUAAUCGUUCACCGCUUUAUACAGUCACCUUGAUGUGUUAUUAAAAAAAAAAGUAAUAGCACUGUGAGGUGGAAAGGUUCGCAGCUGUUCGAUUACUUUAACUGCGAAGCCGUACACUCAGUUUCUAAUCUCACUCUCUUGUUUCUCGUUUCUGAGGUUUGCUUAGUGUUCGACUACUGGUAGCAAGUGACUCAACUCAUAAGAAAACAAUUAUAUAGUCCGAGUUUAGGACUACGCAAUGUUAUGUUAACUGGACGGAGAUUACUAUGCUAGAGACCAACUUUACGAUAAAAAUAACGAUCAGAAUAAAGCUAAUUUUAUAAUUAAUCGUUCACCGCUUUAUACAGUCACCUUGAUGCGUUAUUAAAAGAAAAAAUUAAGAGCACUGUGAGGUGAAAAGGUUCGCAGCUGUUCGAUCACUUUAACUGCGAGGCCGUACUCUCUCAGUUUCUAAUCUCACUCUCUCUUGUUUAUCUUUCUGGGGUUUGCUUAAAUACUCGAUCUUGUCGAACAUUGUUCAGAGAGCAGAGGAGAGGAAAGCUUGAGGCCGAGCCGGAUACACGAAGAAUAAGUUGGGAAAAUAAUAGGGAGGGCGAGGCGCUAUGAAAGAGGACGGCCAGGAAACCCCUAAAACUUCUUCGAAUUCCAAGUCUCGUGGGGCGGUUCGAUCUGUCGACACGUAUGCCGCACAAUGCCAUAAUUGCAUGAAAUGGAGGGUGAUGGCAACAGAAGAAGAGUACGAGGAGGUCAGAUGCAAGAGCAGCUCUGUAAAAUUUACUUGUGAAUCGAAAGAAGGCCUCACUUGUGAUACCCCAGCUGAUAUAGAGUAUGAUUCAUCCCGGACUUGGGUCAUUGACAAACCUGGACUUCCCAAAACCCCAAGGGGUUUCAAGAGGUACUUGGUGCUUAGGCGAGAUUUCUCCAAGAUGGAUGCCUACUAUAUAAGUCCUACCGGAAAGAAAUUCCGUACGAGAAAUGAGGUUGGUGCUUUCAUAGAGGCCAACCCGGAGUACAAAGAUGUAAAGCUCGAUGACUUCAAUUUCACAUCUCCCAAGGUUAUGGAAGACACUAUACCGGAGGAAGCACUGAAGAAGGUGACUACUGCUGCCAGUGGCAAUGGUGGUAGUAACAAGAGAAGUAAGAUUGCAAAGGAAGAAGCUUGAGUGAUGCAGAAGUUUCGACAGGGAGGGGGGUUUCUGGCAAUGGUACUUUAUGUUUUUCCUCGGAGUUUGACUACGGCUCUGUUUAUGUAGAAUGUGCAUUUCUCCUUCGGUUGAAUGUUUGAAGUGUGAAUGGAUUCUGUUUGGCUGACCUCUUAACUCUUUAGAUGUUUGUAUUCUGUAAUGAAGUGUCCUAUGUGACCCUUCGGGUUUGUUUCCUCAUUGAGUGUCUGGUUUUGUCAUGAAGUGGUUGAGUAGCUUCUAAAUUCAUUGGCAUAGAUUGAGGAUCGUACUUCUCUUUUCUGUUCUAAGAGCUAUUGCAUAUCCUGGUGUUAGUUUGUGGUAGUUACAUUGGUAGCAUUACAUUUAUUAGUAUAAGGAUCAGACAUUGAUGCGCCUCGGGUUUACUGGGUGAAAAGGUCAACUAAUUCUAAUGACCUCCAGGAACCAUGCAAGACUUCGCUUCAGCAUUCGAUCAGGAUGGGUUUGGAACUGUUGCAAGUUGCGCAACCACAAGGUAUCAGUAACUAGAGGUGUCAAUUGGGUUGCGGGUUAGUCUGAGUUGCGAGUCAAUUGGGUGGCGGGUCAAUUAGGUUUAGGUUAAUCAGGUUACGUAUAAAUCGGUCACAGAUUAAUCGGGUUGCCGACCAAUCGAGUUACAGGUUAAUCGGGUUACGGAUCAAUAAGGUUACGGGUUUAUA